AGUGAGAAAAAGAAAAUGGGAGAAACAGGAGUCAAUCCUUUAACUGAAUAUUCCCAAAGUAAUCCUUAAAGUGAGUAUCUAAGCCUAUAUAAGCAAGUAUGUACCUAUACAGAGAGAUUACAUAACAUACUAGGUACAGUACGAAAUACUUCCCCGCACUCCACAAUUGGAGACUGCUCUAGAUUGGCGUCACAAUUUUUCGUUUAAACAAUCAGGAAAUUUCCAAGGUUCAGCCUUACUUCAUCAAAAAACACUACACGCGACAUCGUUCAAUUGAAUACAACAAUUUACCCAAACAAAUCCAAUCGCAUCUGAUACGACAAUCCCGAUACAUAUACAUAGAAAAUUGCAACGGUAAAGAUUCAGCAAAGGCCAGCCCAACAUGAGGCUCACGGCCGAGCUUCUCCAGAAUUCCCCUUCGUGGCUGAACGCGUUGAAGGAGCGCGAGCUCGAGCUUCGAGGACAUCGGAUACCGGCCAUUGAGAACUUGGGUGUUGCAGGCCCCCAAGAUGCCAUAGACUUCGUCGACAAUGACAUCCAAGUGCUAGGGAACUUCCCUCUGUCGCCACGAAUCCAAUCUCUCUUACUACAGCGCAACCGCAUCGCCACUAUACAACCUACCCUCGCCAACUCGAUCCCGAACCUCACGAACCUACAGCUGGAAUCGAACAACCUGACCGAGCUAGCAGACUUAGAUCCGUUGGGCUCUUUCCCACGACUGACACACUUGGUAUUGCGAGAUAAUCCCGUUACGAAGAAGGAGCAUUACCGAUACUGGGUACUAUGGCGCUGCCCUUCGGUACGUUUUCUCGACUUCGAGAAGGUGAAAGACGCGGAGCGUAAGCAAGCUGCAGUACUCUUCGGCAGCGCUGAGGAGCCGACAGACCUCGCGUCCAAGAUCAUGGGUAUUAAAUCCCGGACGUUCGACUCGGCAUUGCCUAUCAACGGAGCCCCGUCAGGGGCGCUGCCCACGCGCAUGUCGCGUAUCAAGCUCACCGACAAAGAGAAGAAGCGUCUCCAGGACAUGAUCAAGAAGGCCACCAGCUUGGAUGAGAUCACGCGACUGGAGGCCAUGCUACGGGAGGGCAGGAUACCUGCCGGCGUGCACUUGAGUGAUGAAAUGGAGGAGUAGGGGGGUUGGGCAUGUACCUUAAAAAGAGAAAUUGGAUCUGGGGUGCUCAUGGUACUAGUGGCGGUCAGGUAUAUAUGGCAUUAGCCAUAAAAUGAAGAUUCGGGUAUACCCAUGGACAAGCAAUACUAAUCCUUCACCUGCGAGAAG